CCCCGUUCGACCGUGACACAACAACCUCCACAUCACCCUAAACGACAGAAAAAGAAAAUAGAAAAACUGCUUGCUCAAUAUGGUGUGGUGUGUCCGGAGGAGCCAAAAGGAACGGACAAUUUCCAUUUUUAUCCUUCUUUUUUAGAAAGAGAGAGAGAGAAAGUGGAUGCGAACGAACAGAGAUUAAAACCUAAUCAAGCGAUUCCGGUAUUGAUUCUGACGAUGAUAACGAUUAUUACUAUUAUGCAUCUGAAAACGCUACAUUCUUCAUAAUUCAUCAUCAUCUGACGGGUUGCCAUCUCGAAGAAUAAUAGGCGCCAAACGGCGAUCCUGAAUUUCUAGAUCGAUAAUUUGUUCCUUCACCGGUUAAUUAACGAAAGCGAUUAAGAAGAAGAAGAAGCAAUGGCCGGUGCUGAUGCAGAUGUUACGGCGGCUCCGGCAGGGCCGCCUCCGCCGCUCGAUUGGAAAUUCUCGCAGGUGUUCGGUGAACGGACCGCCGGUGAAGAAGUUCAGGAAGUUGAUAUAAUUUCGGCUAUUGAAUUUGAUAAAAGCGGUGACCAUCUUGCUACUGGUGAUCGUGGGGGAAGAGUGGUAUUAUUCGAGAGGACUGAUACAAAGGAGCAUGGUCAUGGUGGAAGUAGAAAAGAUUUAGAGAAAACCGAUUACCAGAGUAAUAGGCAUCCAGAAUUCCGUUACAAAACUGAGUUCCAGAGCCAUGAACCUGAGUUUGAUUAUUUGAAGAGUUUGGAGAUUGAGGAGAAAAUUAACAAAAUUAGAUGGUGCCAAACAGCCAAUGGUGCCCUUUUUCUUCUGUCUACCAAUGACAAAACAAUCAAAUUCUGGAAGGUCCAAGAAAAAAAGGUUAAGAAAGUUGCUGAAAUGAACAUGGAUUCUUUAAAGGCUGUUGGAAAUGGAAGUAUUGCCAAUUCUAGUGUUUCUUUGAUUAAUAAAUCGUCACAUGCCACAAAUGGGGAGUGCCCAGAUAAACCUUACACUAGUUUGAACAAGGACUUUCCUUCUUCAGGGGCAAUUCAGUCAUUGCACUUACCGGUGGUAGUAACUUGUAAUGAAACAAGCCUUGUUGCAAGAUGUAGAAGAGUGUAUGCUCAUGCUCAUGAUUAUCAUAUCAAUUCUAUAUCAAAUAACAGUGAUGGUGAAACAUUCAUAUCGGCCGAUGAUCUUCGGAUAAACCUUUGGAAUUUGGAAAUUAGCAAUCAAAGUUUCAACAUUGUGGAUGUCAAGCCUACAAAUAUGGAGGACCUCACUGAAGUGAUUACAUCAGCAGAAUUUCAUCCUACUCACUGCAACACACUAGCAUACAGUAGUUCAAAAGGAUCCAUUCGCCUAAUUGAUCUGCGUCAAUCUGCAUUAUGUGAUAGAAAUUCUAAAUUGUUUGAAGAACAUGAAUCGCCUGGUUCGAGAUCAUUCUUCACUGAGAUAAUUGCAUCUAUUUCUGAUAUUAAGUUUGGAAGGGAUGGGAGAUAUUUACUAAGCCGUGACUACAUGACUCUUAAGUUAUGGGACAUUAACAUGGACUCUGGUCCAGUUUCAACAUUUCAGGUUCAUGAACAUUUAAGACCAAAGCUAUGUGACUUGUAUGAAAAUGAUUCAAUCUUUGAUAAAUUUGAGUGCUGUCUAAGUGGUGAUGGUCAACGGGUAGCAACGGGCUCUUACAGCAAUCUUUUUCGUGUAUUUGGCUCUGUUCCCACAAGUACUGAAGCAACUACCCUGGAGGCUAGCAAAAACCCAAUGAGGCGACAAGUGCAGACUCCUUCAAGGCCUGCACGAUAUCUUAGCAGCAGCAUAUCCCGUGUGGUUAGACGAGGGGGAGAAAGCACAGGAAAUGACACAAAUGGGAACUCAUUUGAUUUCACAACAAAGCUACUCCACUUAGCAUGGCAUCCUACUGAAAACUCCAUUGCCUGUGCUGCUGCAAACAGUUUGUACAUGUACUAUGCAUAAAAUAAAUUACAACUCAUGUAACCACAAGACAUGUCGGGUUUUUUCAACAAAUUUUGUUGGUUUUUAAGAAACAAUCACCAAAAGUUGCCCCACCAAACAUGGUGUCGGUAUCGGGAAGGUUCUAGAAGAUGUUAGAAUCCACAGAAAGGUGUAGAGAAAGUUUUAGAAGAUGUAAAUUCAUGGUGACAAAUUCUUUGGUUUUCAUCCACAAAUGUUUGGGCUUUUAUUACAAACUCCCAUUUUUCUGCUUUAGCUUCCAGUAUUAUUAUUUAUUUUAAAAGUUA